AUGAAUGGGCAAGCGGAGGUGUCCAACCGAGAGAUUAAGCGAAUUUUGGAGAAGGUGGUGAAUCCACAGAGGAAAGACUGGAGCUCUCAGUUGGGAGAUGCACUAUGGGCGUAUAGGACGGCCUACAAGACCCCGUUAGGGAUGAUUCCCUUCUGGAUCGUCUAUGGCAAGGCAUGCCACCUUCCAGUGGAAAUUGAGCACAAGGCCUAUUGGACGGUGAAGCAAUGUAACAUGGACAUCACCAAGGCAGGUAUAGCCAGAAAAUUGCAACUAGAGGUGCUUGAGUGUCUUAGGAUGGAGGCAUAUGAGAAUGCGCAAAUUUACAAGGAAAAGACUAAGGCAUUUCAUGAUCACCAUAUCCGAAAAAUGGAUUUCCAAGAAGGUGACGAAGUUCUCCUCUACAACUCAAGGCUCAGAUUCAUGCUGGGAAAGCUCCGUUCAAAAUGGGAAGGACCCUUUAAGGUGAAGGAGGUAAAGCCCUAUGGAGUGGUGGAAUUAAUUGACCCUCAAAGUGAGACAACUUUCAAGGUGAAUGGACAUAGAUUGAAGAGGUACCAUGGCUACAAAUCACCAAGGGAAGUGGAGGUGCUCCUGCUUGAGGAUGCACCAAAAAGAGAGGAAGCUUAA